AUGGACAGGAUCCCCAAGUUCAGGCGCAAACCCAAGAACCCCACGAUCCAGACCUCCGUCGAACGCUCCAGCAGCGAUACUGCCGAUAGUAUCGCCAGUACCGAGUUACAGGCUGCAACUUUGCAGUCGCAACAACUGGACGGGCAACAAGUCCUACCACAAAAGUCAAAGCUCUCAAAGAGGGCCGCUUUCAGAAAUUUCCGUUUGCGCGGCUCCACAAAGAGAGCGCGCGACAGUCCACCCGUCGAGUUGCCUUCCAGUCCUCCGCCGGCCGUCGUGAGCCAUGACGGUGUCAAGAGUCGACCCGUCACGGCCGAAGGCGAUGCGCUGGCUCAUUCAAAGGGGUCAGGUCCCCGAAUUCCUGCCUUUUUGGAAUCUUCGAUGCAGGAUAUUGAUUUCAAAUUCCAGGAGUUAACGUGGGCGGAACGAGACCGAGUUCUUGAGGGCACAAAGAAUGAGGGGGAUGAAGACUUCAAAUGGGGGACUUUCAAGCAGGUUGACACCCAGGAGAAGGGUGUGAUGGAUCGCUACAUCAACAUCAAGCCUUGGAAUCACAACCGAGUCAAACUGCAGGUCCCUGAGGAUGAGCUUGACUAUGUCAACGCUUCCGAGAUCACUCUCACCUCGCCUUCUGAUCCUAGCCGUGAGCCGUUACGAUACAUCGCCAUGCAAGGGCCAACGCAGCCAUCGAUCGACUAUGUCUGGCGCAUGAUUGCAGAGCAAAUGUCUUCACCUGCCGUUAUCGUGCAGCUGACAACCAUGGCAGAGGGUGGAGUUGUCAAAUGUCACCAAUACUUCCCCGAUAACCAAGAUCACCCUACCUGGACUCUGAACGAACACGAUGCGUGGAACGAUGACUGGCAGGCCCAGAUCACGUACGAUUCUUUCGAGGAACUAGCUGAAGGUGCUAUUGAGAAGCGCAAGCUACUUAUGCACCUGAAAGAUGAAGAAGAGCCCCGGGUCGUGUGGCACCUUCUGUAUAGACGAUGGCCUGACUUUGGGGUUCCCGAACUUGAAGAUCUCGAUGGCUUCUUUGACCUCAUGCGAAUUUCGCGCGAGCUGAGCGCGCCCGAGAACCCGCGAAUCAUCCAUUGUAGUGCUGGUGUUGGCCGAACCGGCACCUUCAUUACACUUGAGCAUCUAAUGCGCGAGCUAGAACUGGGCACCUUUGAGAAGUAUGACGAGCCAGUAGAGGGUCCGGAUCUGGUUUUCGAGACGGUCGACCAUCUCCGAGAGCAGCGUGUUGGCAUGGUUCAGGGCCGUCCUCAAUUCAUGUUCAUUUACCAAGUUAUGCGGAAACUAUGGCAAGAUAAAUAUGGAGUCGAUGAAGAGGGCAAUGAGCCUGCAGCUAAGAGGCUGGAAGUUGGCGAUCCAUUCAUAGAUGACUCGGUAUCCGACUCUACGCAAGCCAACCACUAG